AAUCCGAUUCAGCUUGCCACGCCGCGUGUGACGCCCUCAUGUUGGCAUGCGCCUUUUGUGCGCUGUCGGACUGGCAAGCCUCACAGGUCUCUGCUUCUCGGGCCUUCGGGUUCAGGGGCCAAGGCGGCUGCGACAGGGCCGGCGAGCUGGCAAUGCGGAGGAGAUCUUCUGCGAGUUGGAGGAGGAGCUCUCCCACUGCACCCCGCUGACUGCGGAGCUGCAGUACCUUCUGGCCACGGGCCGCGGCGCCCUGCCGGAGGAUCCCCGAGGCCUGGAGCUUUUCCGGGAGAUGUUGGCCUGGCAGAAGGCGCAGAAGAGGCGGUCCCUGGGGCCGCUGGCGGUGGCGGCCUUGCGACAGCCCUCCAGUGGACGGGAGAUCAUCAUCUUGGGCACACCGCACAACGUGCCCGGCGUGGACUCCGCGCAGAACCCCGUGCCCCGAGCGGUGGCCAGGGCCGUGGCCGGGCUGAAGCCAGGCCUAGUAGCCGUGGAGCUCGACGAGGAUCGGGGCCUGCGGUUCCUGGAGAAGCUCCCGGCGAAAGGGCAGGUCUCGGUGCUGCUCCCGUCGAAUUUGCCGGGUCAGGACCUCCUGCAGGGCGCAUUGGGGUUUCUUCAGCCAGAGCUGGGCCUGGAUGAGGAGCUCUUGCAGAAGAUCCGCGCAAAAGUUGGAAGAUCGCGGAUGACCGUGAAGGGCUACGUGCGCGCGAAGCGGAUGCUCUUCGCGAAGAGCAGCGAGAAGUGCCUGGCCAUGAACGUCUUUGCGCUGGAUGAGUUCCGCGCGGAGGGCUGUGGUGACUGGGGCAACGACGCACUCGCGGCGCUGAAGGCGGCGACGAAGGCGCAGGUGCCCUUGCUGCUGUGUGACUUGCCGCAGGAGUGGACGCUGGGCAAGGUGGUCCCGCUUUACAACCGCGAGUGGGUGGGCGCCCGCGCUCAGUGCCUGGAGUUCCUGGCCACCGAGGCCGCGGUGAGGUUCCUGGAGGCCGAGGAGGCGAUCCUGCGGGAGGCGGUGAUGAAGGGCCACGGAGGGGACUUACCUUCCUUGGACUAUGGCCUGGGGCUGUGUCGCCCGGGCACCGGCUUCGCGGAAGCCGCGUCGCGCCGUCUUUGGCUGGAAGAGCGCGAUCCCGCCAUGGCCUCCGCCGUGGUUCAGGCCCUGGAGGGCCAGAGCCGCGUGCUGCGCGGCCAAGACGCCGGGCCGGCCCAGCGCGCGGUGCUCCAGGUGGGCUGUUGCCACGUGGAGGGCAUUGUGGCGGCCUUGCAUGCGGAAGGCUACGAGGUGGUGGACGCUCCUGAGGGCGGCUGGCCGACCUUGCAGGCCUCGCGGAAGCCGAGACCAACGGCAAGGCCUGAGAGCGCGAGGCGGGCCAAGAAAGCCGCCGGCUUUGCGCUCUGAGCACCUGGACGCGCGAAAACCGCUGGCCGCAUCGUGCCAAGGGGGGAGCCGGACUGCACCUA